GGAAAGAAAUAAACACCGAGUGGUGUAGCUCUGUUUCGCGGGCUGUCCUUAUUUAAAGCCUGACCUCGCCAAUCCACUUCUAUCAGAUUAUUAUUGUCACCACCUAAGAACAACUGUCAUCCCUCUCAAAUCCAGUAACUAAUCCAAUGGGAAAUGCUGUCUUGCUUCACUUGUUAUGUGGAGUUUUGGCUGUUUUGAGUGCUUCUUUAGUGAAUGCAGAUGACCCUUAUAGGUAUUAUACAUGGACUGUCACUUAUGGGACUGUUAAACUUCUUGAUGUGCCCCAACAGGUUAUCCUUAUCAAUGGCCAGUUUCCUGGUCCUAGGCUUGAUGUGGUCACUAAUGACAACAUUAUCCUCAACCUCUUUAACAAGCUGGAUCAGCCUUUCCUGUUGACAUGGAAUGGAAUUAAACAAAGGAAGAACUCAUGGCAAGAUGGAGUGCUGGGAACCAAUUGUCCCAUCCCUCCCAACUCUAACUACACUUACAAAUUCCAAACCAAGGAUCAAAUUGGUUCCUUCACAUACUUCCCAUCAACUCUGUUGCACAGAGCUGCUGGAGGAUAUGGGGCAAUCAAUAUCUAUGAGAGACCGAGGAUCCCAAUUCCUUUUCCUGUACCUGAUGGCGAUUUCACUCUACUUAUUGGUGAUUGGUACAAGACCAGCCACAAGACCUUACAGGCAUACUUGGACUCAGGCAAAACUCUUCCCUUUCCUGACGGACUACUUAUAAAUGGCCAAACUUAUUCUACCAUCAGUGGUGAUCAAGGUAAAACCUAUAUGUUCAGGAUUUCAAAUGUGGGGAUGUCAACCUCAUUAAACUUCAGAAUUCAGGGCCACAGCAUGAAGUUAGUUGAGGUUGAAGGAUCUCACACUGUUCAGAACAUAUAUGACUCGCUUGACGUGCAUGUUGGUCAAUCCGUUGCUGUCUUGGUAACCUUAAACCAGGCUCCAAAGGAUUACUACAUCAUUGCAUCUACACGUUUUAAUAGGAAGAUUCUAACAACAGCAGCAGUUUUACACUACUCAAACUCUCGGACGCCAGCCUCUGGACCUUUGCCAGCGGCUCCGUCUUACGGAUAUCAUGGGUCCAUGAUGCAAGCACGAACUUACAAGUGGAAUUUGACAGCGAGUGCUGCCAGGCCAAAUCCUCAGGGCUCAUAUCACUAUGGAAAGAUUACACCAACAAAGACCAUUGAAUUGGCUAAUUCAGCUCCUUUAAUAAAUGGAAAGCAGCGCUAUGCAGUUAACAGGGUAUCCUAUAUUAAUUCAGAUACCCCACUGAAGCUGGCUGACUACUUUGGCAUCCCCGGAGUCUUUAGUGUGGAUUCCAUCGAAAGCUCUCCUUCUGGUGGUGCUGCAUUCUUGUCUACCUCUGUUAUGUCUGCCAACCUCCAUGAUUUUCUUGAAGUUGUUUUUCAAAAUGAUGAAAAAACUAUGCAAUCUUGGCAUCUUGACGGCUAUGACUUCUGGGUUAUUGGUUAUGGUAAUGGCCAGUGGACUUCGGCCAAGAGAAGCAUGUACAAUCUAGUUGAUGCUCUUACCAGACACACUGUUCAGGUGUACCCAAAAUCAUGGACUGCUAUUUACGUCUCAUUAGAUAACCAGGGUAUGUGGAACAUGAGGUCAGCAAUAUGGGAAAGGCAGUAUCUUGGGCAACAAUUCUAUCUCAGAGUCUGGACUCAAGUCCACAGCCUUGCAAAUGAAUAUGACAUUCCUUCUAAUGCUCUACGCUGUGGCAAAGCCAUCGGAAUACACUCUUAGUUUCACCAACUAUUAAAUCGCAGUCUGUUUUCUUGGUCAUGAGAGUUUGACUAGCAAGGGAAAACAACGCAGAGGAACAGAAACCAUGGGCAUAUUUAAUUGAUUAUUGACUUUGUUAUGUAUAUCUAGAAGGAAACAAACUCCGAUUUUGGUUGCAAUUUAUGGUCUUUGUCAGCUUUAAAA